UUUAAAGUCUUCUGACGCAGAGACGGAGGCACAGAUUGAGCAGGACCUUCAGAUCCUCAGCGUCUCUGCUGGAGAAGCUUCGUCUUCGUCUGUCUGAAGAAACAGCUGCUUUGGGGAUCUGACAGUGAAGGAGAGCUGUAGAAUGGCUCAGAAAGCAGAAAGAACUCCAUCUACAGAGAGCCAAACAGCUGAUGGCUCCGCCCCCAAAUCUGCUCUCCGCAAGACAGCGUCCGGCGAUGACACCAAGAAGAAGAAAACCAAGAAAUCAAACGAGGAUGCCAUGAACAAGGUGUACACUAACCUGCUGAACAGCGUCUUCGGACAGGAGCGAGAGCUGUCUCAGCCAGAGCUGGAUGAGCUGGCAGAGGCAUUCAAGGAGUUUGAUUACGAUCAGGAUGGCUAUCUGAACUAUAAGGAUCUGGCCGAGUGCAUGCGGACGAUGGGCUACAUGCCCACAGAGAUGGAGCUGCUGGAGAUCAUCCAGCAGAUCAAGAUGAGGCUUGGAGGUCUGAUGGAUUUCGAUGAUUUCUGUGAGUUGAUGGGCCCCAGGAUGAUGGUGGAGACGGCGGAUAUGCUGGGACUCAAAGAGCUCAAAAGCUCCUUCUGUCAGUUUGACGCUGACGGUGAUGGGAAGAUCUCUCUGGACGAGAUGAAGGAGGCUUUGAAGAGUCUGUUAGGAGAGAAACUCAAGAAAGGAGAGCUGGAGGAGAUCCUGAAGGAGCUGGACCUGAACGGAGACGGAACCGUGGAUUUCGACGAGUUUGUGAUGAUGCUGUCGGUGCGAUAACACCCUCAUUCCUCAUCCGAUACGGGAAAACCUGGAAACACCUGGGCUCUUCAGAUCUGUGUCAAAUCAUUCAAGGCCACACUCAUUUCUGGCAUGAAAAUGCAUUUCUCUUGCUCAACUCUAUAGUAUUUCAUGGACUGGAUAUUGGUCUCGAUGGACUCAUGCUAUAACUAUAAUAGUUUAAAUCUGUUCAUUUUGUCCUAAUAUAGUAAUGGAGGUUGCCAAGUAUUUUCUGGAAAAGUGAGAGACGCCUGAUCAUAGAAGUGUGACUUCAUCACAAACUAGUUUCAGGUAGAAAAAACGCUCAUCUGUAACAUUUUCUAAAAGAUUUGUUGAAGUAAUGCAUUGCAGUAUGUAGAUGAAUCUGAUUUGAAUGUAAAGUACUGUAUGUGUGUCUGUAUUUUCAUGCAUAGAUAUUUGAUCAAGUGUCAAGUUUAUUUUUUCAGUUUUGUUAAUAAAAAGUAAAA